AUGAAGCUUCCAGACCCACGUGUUAUGAAGCCUCCAUACCCACGUUUUAUGAAGCCUCCAGAACCACGUGUUAUGAAGCCUCCACACCCAUGUGUGACGAAGCCUCUAGACCCAUGUGUGAUGAAGCCUCCAGACCCAUGUGUGAUGAAGCCUCCAGACCCAUGUGUGAUGAAGCAUCCAGACCUACGUGUUAUGAAGCCUCCAGACCCAUGUGUUAUGAAGCCUCCAGACCCAUGUAGUAUGAAGCCUUCAGACCCAUGUGUUAUGAAGCCUCCAGAUCCAUGUGUGAUGAAGCCUCCAGACCUACGUGUUAUGAAGCCUCCAGACCCAUGUGUUAUGAAGCCUCCAGACCCACGUGUUAUGAAGCCUCCAGACCCACGUGUUAUAAAGCCUCCAGACCCACGUGUUAUGAAGCCUCCAGACCCACGUGUUAUAAAGCCUCCAGACCCACACGCUUGA